AUGGAAGGCAUUCUUUCCAAUAUUUCAAAGGCUACAGCAAAUUUAACCAUGGAAUCUUUGGCUCUACCCCCUGCAGGCAUCUAUCCAACAUUCAUCUUCGGAACAAUCGCCUACUGUGCCAUAUUCUUAUGCAACAUGGUCAUCAUCAUCAGCAUUGCUCUGAAUAGCCAUCUACACAAACCCAUGCACAUAUUGCUCUUCAACAUGACAGUAAAUGACCUGGUUGGAGCCACUGCCUUCUUCCCUCAACUGAUCAUUAGCAUCCUGUCUCAGAACAGGUCCAUCUCUUACCCAGCAUGUUUAAUGCAGGCUGUUCUCAUACACCUGUAUGGAGUUGGAUCCUUGUUCAUAUUGACAGUGAUGGCAUACGACAGGUACAUCGCCAUCUGCUGCCCAUUGAGGUACAAUGCAAUCAUGACCAACAGCAACUUGGUGAAAAUGAUCGUUUUCAUGUGGCUCUUAAAUUUUAUUAUCAUAACAGUGCUUUUUUCUUUGCUCUCCCGCUUUAAACUCUGCAGGACUGUCAUCGUGGACAUGUACUGCAACAAUCCCUCAUUAGUGAAGCUUAUCUGUGAGGACACAAGUGUAAAUAAUUUCUAUGGAAUGUUUGUGAUUACCUUUACUCAAGGUGUACCACUAAUAGUGGUGUUGUAUACAUAUAUCCAAAUCCUGCUGACCUGCCUGUUCAAUAAGCUGUCUGAUGCCAAGAGCAAAGCUAUUCAGACCUGUGCUACUCACUUAGUAGUUUUCUUAUUCUUGGAAUUCAAUACUUUAGUCACUCUAAUCGCACAUCGGCUUGAGCAAGCAUCCCCAUAUUUGAGAAGGUCUUUCGGGGUCUCGGUAUUAGUCUUUCCACCCCUCCUUAACCCCCUUAUAUAUGGUCUCAAAACUAAAGAGAUUCGGGAGAGGAUUACUUUCUACUUAAAGAAAAAAGUGUCUCCUUUUUAA